AUGGCCGNAAUUUCUUCUUCUGCAAUUGACAUCUCUGANUUUCCAUCCAAUCUUAAUGUCCUUGUCAUUGACACUGAUCUCAGAGUUCUUGAAUUCAUCGAGAAAUCAUGCAAGGAGGAUUCUCAUCAAGUUAUAAUAUGCACUGAAUCUUCAAGUGCUGUGGAUGUUUUGCUGAAAAAAGAAAUAGACAUUCAUUUGAUCAUCAUGGAGCUUCAUAUGCCAAUGAUGGAUGGCUAUGAAUUCCUGCAAUUUCUCAGUAAAGAAGAAAUUGAUAUUCCUUUUGCCNUGAUGUCUGAGGAUUUUAGUUCGAUUUCCAUGACGAAGGCUUUCGAUCUUGGAGCUUGCGAUUAUUUGAAGAAACCCUUCGAUGAUGACUAUUGGUUAAAUUUGUGGUCACCUAUGUUCAAGCAUCAUAUAUUCCUGAGACGCAACAAGAAAAAUAUUGAUAGCUUGGAUGAUGAUAAGAUAAGUGAGAAAAGUAAUAAUUCUNAAUUUGAAGUUGAAGCCAAUAAUACCCUCCACAAGAAAGAUUAA